AUGAAAAGUGACGUCGACUAUGAUGAUGAUGAUGAUGAUGAUGAUGAUGAUGAUGAUGAGAACGAUGAUGAUGAUGAUGUUGUUGUUGUUGUUAUCGUUAUUGCUGCUGGUCAAACUGGAUACUAUGAGCUGACAGUGCUCGAAUAUACAGCAAACAUUAUUACCCAUAAGCAUCAAUUGAUUUUUUUAGUUUGUGGUGAUGGACAAGCGAUAGAAGAACAUCCCUUUUUUCUGCUCCUUCUCAUUCGUCAUGUUUAUCCGCUUAGUUAUCAUCGUCAUUAUCGCCAUCAUUAUUAUUGUCAGAACAGUGCUGCUGUUACUACUACUGUUAAGCAUCUUUCCAUUUAUCAGUACAUUCAUUUGCGCUAA